AUGUCUUCCUCUUCCUCGGCCAACAAGCCGGCAGGGAAGCCGGGCCUCGUCGACUCCAAGCUCGAAACCGCCCAGAAUCUCUCCACCGUCGAGGACUCGGCCGAUCACCUCCUCGAGACGCUCGGAUACACCCCCGAGCUGUCGCGCAACCGAUCCACCGCCCAGGUCGCCUUCAUGUCCUUUGUCCUCGCCUCUAUCCCGUACGGUCUUGCCACGACGCUAUACUACCCGCUGGUGGGAGGCGGUCCGGUCGACAUCAUCUGGGGCUGGGUUCUCGUGUCGCUCAUUAUUGUCUGCGUCGCCGUGUCUCUGGGUGAAAUCACCAGUGUCUACCCUACUGCCGGAGGUGUCUACUACCAAGCCUUUAUGCUGGCCUCUCCCAAGUGGCGGCGCAUCGCAUCCUGGAUCACGGGCUGGCUCUUUGUUGUUGGCAACAUCACCAUCACCCUGGCCGUAAACUUUGGCACCACGCUCUUCUUCGUCUCUUGCAUCAAUGUAUUUGAAAAGGAGCCCGGCGUUGGCAUCUUUGCCGGUGAAACCUGGCAGGUGUUUCUCAUCUUUUUGGCCCUGACGCUCUUUUGCAAUGCUGUGUCUGCUCUCGGCAACAAAUGGCUUCCUUGGUUGGAUACUGCUGCCGUUUUCUGGACCUUUGCCGGUGUCAUUGCCAUUCUCAUCACCAUUCUGGUCCUCGCCAAGCACGGCCGUCACGAGGCCAAGUGGGUGUUUGGCCAUUUCGAGUCCUUCUCCGGUUGGCCCAGUGGCUGGUCUUUCUGCGUCGGUCUGCUUCACGCCGCCUAUGCCACCUCUUCGACGGGAAUGAUUAUCUCUAUGUGCGAGGAAGUCAAGGACCCGGCCACCCAGGUCCCCAAGGCCAUGGUUGCCACCAUCUUCAUCAACACCUUUGCUGGCCUCCUCUUCCUCAUCCCUCUCGUCUUCGUCAUUCCCGAUCUGCAGGAGCUCGCCGAACUCGUGUCCGCUCAGCCCGUGCCCCCGAUCAUCAAGUCGGCCGUUGGAUCUUCUGGCGGUGCUAUUGGCCUGCUCAUUCCCAUCAUGGUCCUCGCCAUCAUUUGCGGUAUUGGCUGCACCACUGCCGCGUCUCGUUGCACCUGGGCCUUUGCUCGUGACGGUGCCAUUCCCGGCUCCAAGUGGUGGGUCAAGGUCAACAAGAAGCUCGACGUGCCGCUCAACGCCAUGAUGCUCAGCAUGGCUGUUCAGAUUAUCCUCGGAGUCAUCUACUUUGGUUCCCCCGCCGCAUUUAACGCCUUCUCCGGUGUGGGUGUCAUUUGUUUGACUGCUGCCUAUGCAACUCCCGUUGCCAUCAGCCUGUUGAGUGGAAGGAAGCAGGUCCGCAAGGGCAAGUUCUACCUCGGCCCUCUUGGCACCGUCUGCAACGUCGUCACUGUCGCCUGGUCCCUGCUCGCUCUGCCGCUGUUCUGUAUGCCGACUGUCAUCCCCGUCACCGCCGAGACCGUCAACUACGCCCCCGUCGUCUUCGUUGCCGCGACGGCGAUUUCCGGCAUCUGGUACUGGGCCUGGGGCAACAAGAACUAUGCCGGCCCCCCUGUGCAUGAAGAUUAA